AUGUUGUAUGCAGCAACAAGAGCAACUCUGAAAAAGAAGUUUGGAGGUGGCCACAUUAAAGAUGAGGUAUUUGGAACAGUAAAGGAAAAUGUAUCAUUACAAGGAUAUAAAAAAUAUUUUCUGUCACAAUCUUCCCCUGCCCCAUUGACGGCAUCUGAGGAAGAAUUACGACAGAUUAAAAUUAAUGAGGUACAAACUUACAUGGGUGUGGACAACAAACAUCAAACACCACAAGGAGUAGCUGAAAGGACGACAUUUCCUAUUUCUCGAGAAGCUUUUCAGGCUUUGGAAAAGUUAAAUAACAGACAGCUCAACUAUGUGCUGUUGGAAAUAGAUAUAAAAAAUGAAAUUAUAAUUUUGGCCAACACGACAAAUACAGAACUAAAAGAUUUGCCAAAAAGGAUUCCCAAGGAUUCAGCAUGUUACCAUUUCUUUCUGUAUAAACAUUCCCAUGAAGGAGACUAUUUAGAGUCCAUAGUUUUUAUUUAUUCAAUGCCUGGAUACACUUGCAGUGUAAGAGAACAGAUGCUGUGUUCCAGCUGCAAGAGCCCUCUGCUAGAAAUUGUAGAAAGACAACUACAAAUGGAUGUAAUAAGAAAGAUUGAGAUAGACGAUGGGGAUGAACUGACUGCAGACUUCCUUUACGAAGAAGUACAUCCCAAGCAGCAUGCACAUAAGCAAAGUUUUGCAAAACCAAAAGGUUCUGCAGGAAAAAGAAGAAUUUGA